UACCAACUACGUUGGAUCCGUCUCAGGAAGUGGAAGGAAUACUCUGCUUCAGCCCCCUCGCCCAUUGCAUGAUCUUAAAAUGCAUUUGCUCCCCUUUCCCAUAUUAGAAUCCCCUGUGUCUUUAAAUUUUGGCUGUCUACCAGUACCACCCACUAGCUUCUUCCCAGAAUCCUAGCUCCCGCCCGAGUUGUCCUCUGGUUUAAUUUUCCGACCAAGGACAAUUAGCUGUUUUAAAAAAAAAAAAUAUUUAAGCAUGAUUCGAAGGAGGACUGUGGUUGGCCUUCGUUGUUUGAUCAACUCUCCGAGAGGACCCUCCUCUUUCUCUUCCAAGGUUGGAGCAUUGAAUUACUUCACAUCUCGGGGGGCUGCAUCCUCUGUGCAAGAAGCCUGCAAACCAUCCACUUACAGAGAUGCAGAGUAUGCAACAGAUGUGGAUUGGGAUAAUCUGGGAUUUGGUGUCAAGCCUACUGAUUACAUGUACAUCAUGAAAUGCUCUGAAUAUGAGCCUUUCCAACAAGGCCAGCUUAGUCGAUUUGGCAACAUUGAGUUAAGCCCCUAUGCCGGAGUUUUAAAUUAUGGGCAGGGAUUACUUGAAGGCAUAAAAGCUUACAGAAGAGAAGAGGGAGGCCUCUUCCUUUUCCGUCCAGAGCAGAACGCAAUCCGCAUGAAGUUUGGCGCUGAGCGAAUGUGCAUGCCCUCCCCCUCCAUUGAUCAGUUCAUCUAUGCCAUCAAGUCAACAGCUAUAGCCAAUAAGCGCUGGGUUCCUCCGCCGGGAAAGGGUACCCUGUAUAUUAGGCCUCUGCUCAUAGGGAGCGGACCUGUUCUGGGUUUGUCCCCUGCUCCUGAGUACACUUUCCUUACAUAUGCUUCCCCUGUCGGCAAAUAUUUCAAAUUGGAUUCAGCUUCAUUAAACUUGUAUGUUGAGGAUGAGUUCCACCGCGCCUCUCGUGGAGGAGUUGGAAACGUCAAAACUAUUAGUAACUAUGCCCCGGGCUUAAAACCGCAAGCCAGAGCAAAGAACAGAGGAUUUUCAGAUGUGUUAUACCUCGACUCGGUGAAUAACAAGUACAUAGAGGAAGUUUCUGCUAGUAACAUUUUCAUUGUAAAGGAUAAGGUUCUUUCAACUCCAGCUAUAAGGGGAACCAUUCUUCCAGGAAUUACACGAAAUAGCAUUGUUGAAAUUGCCCGCGAUCAUGGUUACCAGGUCGAAGAGCGAUCGGUCUCCGUGGAUGAGUUGCUCGUCGCGGAUGAAGUCUUCUGCACCGGAACUGCUGUUGGUGUUGCAACAGUGGGCAGUGUCACAUAUCAUGACAAGAGGACGGAAUACAGAAUGGGCGCUAGGCCUGUGCACAAGGAGCUGCUCUCAACUCUUGUGGGAAUCCAAACUGGCCACAUUGAGGACAAGAAGGGCUGGAUUAUCGAAAUCGAUUGAGCUUACAGAAGGCUAGGCAUAAUCCGUAUGAAUAAAUGCUUCUUUUUGAGUUGACAGUUCUAUGUUAGAAGUUUUGGAUUCAAAUUUUAGAAGGAAAAAAAUUGGAAGCAACCUGUUCUUCGAGUAAUAUAUAUUUCAAAUUUUCAUCUA